AUGCAUCGCAUACGAUGUGGUAGUAUCACCCACUUUUGGCUAGCAUUGUGGUUGUAUGCCUUGACAGUCAGUGCUCAGUCUGGUGAUGGUGGUGCUGCAAACGGGUUCGACAACAGCAAUCUGAGCGACUCGGGAAAUGGUGCGGAUGGCGCUUCACACAGUUCAGCCAAUUUGAGUAAAGGCGCCAUUAUUGCAAUAGCAGUCGUGGUAGCCGUUGUUGUCAUCGGAGGAGUGACUCUAGCAAUUCUAUUCUAUUUUGCGAAGAAGCGACAGUGGCAGGUUAGACAGACCAUCCGACGUACCACGACCAGAGUGGUUCGAGCCAUGACGCCGCGUACAGCAACUUUCGGAAAGGGCGUUCUAUCGCCUAAAUUAAACCAACAAGGGCAUACCUUCACGCACAAGAACAAAGAUAUGACUUCCAACGGACGACACGGUGACGUGGAGAAGGGCUUCAAAGCACAAGAUGGGGAAAUUGCACGACCGAGCGAGGAGUCUGAUGAGAGCAAACCGAAGCAGAAGCAGGCAACGCAUACCCGUAAUGGCAGCGAAGUCGACAAGAACAAGAGGCUCCCCAAGCCCAAGCCUACAAUUGACGUUCCUAGGUCGCACUUUGACAUGGACGAAAGCCCCAUGAAGUCUCCCAUGUGGCAAAGAUUGUUCGGAAGGAAGUAG